AUGGGAUUGUGCUCUUCGAAGAAAAAGCCGACACCGGAAUUGUCUGAUGAUGAAGUGGCAGCCAUCAGGGAGGUGUGGAUAAGAGCAAAAAACAACAACGUCGGUAAGAAGAUUCUUCAGACGUUAAUCGAAAAGCGUCCGAAAUUCGCCGAAUAUUUUGGCAUACAAAGUGAAUCACUUGAUAUAAGAGCGUUAAACCAAAGCAAGGAAUUUCAUUUACAGGCUCAUCGUAUUCAAAACUUUCUCGAUACUGCUGUCGGUUCACUUGGAUUUUGCCCAAUCUCCAGCGUAUAUGAUAUGGCUCAUCGAAUCGGACAAAUACAUUUUUACAGAGGAGUCAACUUUGGAGCUGACAACUGGCUUGUUUUUAAACGAAUUACUGUGGAUCAGGUAACAAGUCAAACAAUGAAGUACAUCAACAACGAAAAUAAUGACUCCAGCACUACUGACGAGAAGCAAAUAGAUAUUCCGGUGGGCGCUUCAGACAUAACGAGCCAGUACAGUGGUGAGAAUUGCCUAGCUCGUCUUGGAUGGAAUAAACUAAUGACUGUAAUUGUACGAGAAAUGAAAAGAGGUUUCCUGGAGGAAGCUAUGCGAAACUGUAAAGAGGAGGAUAACAACGAUCUGCUAGGCAAUUAA